UUUUAUUUCUUUAGGACCAGAUAUAGCUAAUAGUUGGAAUACAUGUGGUAAUUAAAAAAUAUAAUUUAACGCUGUAAAAAAUGACAAACGUAGAAGGCCAGAACUGGUCUCAAACCCACGGAUUUUCAGAUACCUAUAUUCUUGCAGAAGAAUUGGGCAAAGGGGCAUUCAGUGUGGUCAAGAGAUGCACCCACAGAAGUUCCAAACAGGAUUACGCUGCUAAGAUAAUUAAUACGAAAAAACUAAGCAGUAGAGAUCUUCAGAAAUUGGACAGGGAAGCACGAAUUUGUCGACUACUGAAGCACACCAAUAUUGUGAGGCUCCAUGCAAGUAUUCCAGAAGAGGGGCUCCAUUUUCUAGUCUUUGACUUGGUAACAGGGGGUGAGUUGUUCGAGGACAUUGUAGCCCGCGAAUACUACAGUGAAGCUGAUGCCAGUCAUUGCAUGCAGCAGGUUUUAGAGGCAGUUUAUCAUUGUCAUAAAUCGGGUGUGAUUCAUCGUGAUUUAAAGCCUGAAAACUUGCUCCUGGCAAGCAAAGAAAAAGGUGCUCUCGUGAAAUUAGCUGACUUUGGCUUGGCUAUUGAAGUCAAUGAUGAUCAGCCUGCAUGGUAUGGUUUUGCUGGCACACCGGGGUAUUUGUCACCUGAGGUUUUACGAAAGGAACCUUAUGGCAAACCUGUUGAUCUCUGGGCGUGUGGUGUAAUCCUGUACAUCCUCUUGGUUGGCUACCCUCCUUUUUGGGAUGACGACCAGAACCGAUUGUACGCUCAGAUAAAAGAUGGUGCUUACGAUUUUCCGUCACCAGAAUGGGAUACUGUCACAAAAGAAGCAAAGGAUCUCAUUAACCAGAUGCUUAGCACUAAAACAAGCGAUCGAAUCACAGCCAGCGAUGCUUUGCGCAACCCAUGGAUUUGCCAGCGUGACAGAGUGGCUUCACACAUCCACAGGCAGGACACUGUGGAUUGCUUGAAGACGUUCAAUGCAAGGAGAAAGUUAAAGGGAGCCAUUAUCACCACCAUGUUAGCAACCCGCAACUUUUCUCGCAGUUCUAUGUCCAGGAACAAGGAAUCAAACAAAGAACCGCAAGCCCAGUCCACAGUUGUACGUGCCAACAGUGCUGUUCUCAAACCCACUGGCGAAAAUGGCUUAGAUUUAACAGCAGAAGAAAUCAAGGCGAAGAAGUUGGAAGUCUUCCAUGCAACAGAACAGCUCAUGCAGUCGAUAAAUUCGCGAAACUUCGCUGCUUAUUCUCGAUUUUGCUCGAACGACUUCACCUGCUUUGAUCCACUUUCUAUGGGAAAUCUUAUGCAUGGAAACGAUUUUCAAAAAUACUACUUCGAGACUGCACCAAAGAGUGAACACCUGAGGAAGAGUUCCAUCCUUAAUCCACAUAUCGUUUUGCUGGGUGGCGAUGUCGCAUACAUUGCGUACAUUUGCCUUACCCAGUACAUCGAUGGCUCUGGAAAGCCUGUGUCCGUCCAAACCGAGGAGACGAGAAUCUGGAAUAAAGUUGAGGGCUCAUGGAGGAACAGCCACCUGCAUCGCUCGGAAAGCGUGACAGCACGAAAGUAGCUUCUAUCACCAGCAAAAGCAGACAUUUUUAACAACUAUGUUUUCUAAGAUCUACUUCAGGCAUCUGCUGUCACGGAGAACCCUGAUGCGCUUAUGUAAAAAUGACAUUAAUGCCAAUGAACUAUUUUGCGGAGUGGUUAUGCCCUAUAUAGGCAUCUGUUCUGAUUUUAUUGAAGUUUUUGAAAAAAAGUUUUGCGUGUUUUGAACUUUCAUCCAAAGAGUGACUCUAUUAAAAUCCGAUUAAAUUCAUUUUUUGCAUACCCAAGGUUUAACUAUUUAUAGGUGUUUUUUUGUUUUUUUUCAAUACCGAUCCUACUCCAAAGUUAGUAGUGCACUUCUUGCAUGUAUUCUUUAGUCUGUAGAAUGUACAGUUAGCCAAAAAACUUUUCUGUUUUGUCUGUGUGUAAAAUUAGCUCAACCGAAUUAUUUACAAUUGUUUCUAUGUGAAAACUAUCAUAACCUCCAUCACAAGCAAACGAAUGGAAUAUAGUUUCGUUGAUAAUUAGUUACAUGUAAUGAGAUUUGUAAUUGUUGUGUUGUGUCCAUGUUUAUAAAAGUUAAAUCUUUUUUUUAAAGAUUUUAAAAUUCUAAGCAAAAAAUGAUAAUCGAAUGUUUAAUACUCACUGUAAUUAACAAAUUAAUGCAGAUGUACAGUAAAAGUUUAAUGCAGUUAUAUUAACAAUGUCUCCAACUUUAUUCAGUACAUGAUGAAGAAUAAUGUACAUGAACAGAUUCUUCAUUAACCCGUUUUAAAUUGCUGCACUGGUUUAAUGAAAUCAAUUGAAACAGGGUCUUAGAUUCUUACUUUAUAAAUCAUUUUUGUCUUUGUACUCUGCAAACAUAAUUUGCUGCUGUCUCCCAUCACUCAGUAGCUUGGCAGUAGUAGUAUUGUGCUGGUUUAAUUAAUUCAUUAAUAUUAAUAGGUUGAAGCAUUGUUUUUACUUAAUGCGUGGUGAUUAAACUUGUAAAUUAUGGAAAAAAUUAUCUUUUUUUAUUGUAUUCCCAAUAUAUAACCAUCUAGCUUAAAUAGAAAUGCUGCGCAAUGUAACGAUAAUUGCAAUCAUUUAUUUUCUGUACACGCACUAUUGUAGUGAGAUUCAUCAAUUUCAUUGUAUAUCUUGUAAUUCUUCCAACUAGUUCUUUGACGUGCGGUAAAACUAAGACAUAAAUAUUUGGCAUGACAUAACAGUUUAGUCGUCUUUAUAAAGGUUUUACACACAGACUUUUAUCUCUAAACUUCCUUUCUUAAACCAGUAGUUGCAUGGUCUGUAUAUGUGCAGCACUCUAAUACAUCACACUUAAAUUAUAACUAAUCUAAUGCUCAAGCAAACUAAGCUGAUAUGAUUAGGCAGUCUAUUAAAAGUAGGGGCUUGUUGUACGCCUAUGUAACUCCUGUACCUCUGCCAUGACAGGCCCCUGGUCUAUAUGAUCGCUUCUAUAUUAAGACCAAUAUGUCAUUGCCUUGGGAUGUAUGGUUUUCAGUUCUAUUCAAACAUGCCGAAUUUGUAAUUGUUUUGUGUACUUGUCUUCGCAUGCUAG